CGUUCACCCAGCAUGCCUUCCUCACCGCCAGUAAUCAGCACGCCUCUGACAAAGUUGCUGGGCAUCAAUCACCCGGUGCUUCUCGCAGGCAUGAAUGUGGCGGCAGGUGCCAACUUAGCGGCAGCGGUGACCAAUGCUGGUGGAAUGGGUGUCAUUGGGGGCGUGGGGUACAGCCCCAAGAUACUGGAGGAGACAAUCAGUGAAUUGAAAAGCCACUUGGAGAAUAAGGACGCACCGUUUGGCGUCGACCUGCUCAUUCCGCAAGUAGGAGGUAAUGCGCGCAAGACUAAUUAUGACUACACGAAGGGUCAACUUCCCGAGCUCGUGGACAUCAUAAUCAAGAGCAAAGCCAAGCUCUUCGUGUGCGCUAUUGGUGUGCCUCCAAAGGAAGUUGUCGACAAGCUCCAUGCCGCCGGCAUUCUUGUCAUGAACAUGGUUGGCCAUCCUAAGCAUGUGCCGAGGGCAUUGGCGCAAGGAGUGGAUAUCAUCUGCGCGCAGGGAGGCGAGGGGGGCGGACACACCGGAGAUGUUCCGUUUUCUAUCCUCAUCCCUGCAUGCGUCGACCUCUGUCGGAACGCAAAGAGUCCACUCACCGGAGAACCCGUUACUGUCGUUGCAGCGGGUGGUAUUGCCGACGGGCGGGGGCUCGCAGCGGCUCUCUCGUACGGUGCUUCUGGCGUGUGGGUGGGAACCCGUUUUGUUGCCAGUGAAGAGGCCAGCGCUCCAAAGAAGCACAAGGAGCUGGUGCUGUCUGCCUCAUACGACGAUGUGGCCCGUACCCUGAUUUACUCAGGUCGACCGCUCAGCGUACGGAAGACGCCAUACGUCGCCGAUUGGGAGAACCGGAGACAGGCUGAAAUCACAGAAUUAUGUUCGCAAGGGAAGAUCCCUCAUGACGUCGAGCUCGAGAAAGACCCAAAGAAAUUUAUACAAGGUCAAGCAUGGCUCAUGGGGAAGGUCGCUGGGUCAAUUCAUGACAUCAAACCCGCAAAAGCGAUCGUGGAUGAACUGGUGUUCACCGCGGCAGCAAGCCUCCGCGAUGCCAAUUCUUCACUGAUUUCGAAGUCGAAGUUGUAGGGCUUAGCAAGGUUGGCCUUGUUGGAGGUGGCAGGCUCCUACACCAGAUGCUAGGACUUACUCACGGCGUUGGGAGCGUGUCAUAAUGAUGGUUUAUUCAUGUUGGCUUGGAUCGCG